UCCUGACCAUCACGGCCCAGCAGGCCGGGUCCUCGUGGGCGCCGCGCGGGCCUUUGUUUCCUGCCCUGCCAUUCCCGCAGGGAGGACAAGCAUGCAGAGCUGGAGCGCGUCUGUUGCCGCCGCCCCCGCCGACGCGGGGUGUGCGCGCGUGCACGCGGAGAGGGGGCUCUUGUUGGAGAUUGUCUAAAGCGACAGGAAAAAUGGUGGAAAAUUCACCGUCGCCAUUGCCAGAAAGAGCGAUUUAUGGCUUUGUUCUUUUCUUAGGCUCCCAAUUUGGCUUCAUACUUUAUCUCGUGUGGGCUUUUAUUCCUGAAUCGUGGCUAAACUCAUUAGGCUUAACCUAUUGGCCUCAAAAAUAUUGGGCAGUUGCAUUACCUGUCUACCUCCUUAUUACUGUCGUAAUCGGCUAUGUACUCUUGUUUGGAAUUAACAUGAUGAGUACCUCUCCACUCAAUUCCAUUCAUACAAUCACAGAUAACUAUGCAAAAAAUCAGCAGCAGAAGAAAUACCAAGAAGAGGCCAUUCCAGCAUUACGAGAUAUUCCUAUUAGCGAAGUAAACAAAAUGUUCUUUCUUGCAGCCAAAGAGCUUUACUCCAAAAACUGAAUUGUAUGUAGGCACACUAAAACCAAGCAUUUAUUUAUGUUUUUGACUUAAUAAUUUUGAUCAUAAUAAAUUUGACCAUAUUUUAUUAGUAUUCAAUAUUGAGAUGUUAAAAAAUGUAAAUUGAUCUUCCCUUAUGUUCAAUUAACAUUGUAAAUGUUCUGAAAUAUUAGUUUUUAAUAGAAAGAAUAAAUAAAAUACUACAUUAUCUUAUAGCAGACUCUUAAAAAAACAAGUGUCAGUAUAAUCAAAAGGUUCCUCCCCAGAGGUAUUUAUAUUGUGAUUUGCAAAGGGCAACCGUGUCCUUCUUUCUGUUUGUCCUGAGGGCCAGAAUUCAAACUCUUAGUUUUGGGGGAAAGGUAUGUUUAAUAUUUAUGCUGUCAGCAUAUAUUGAGUACUCACUAUGUACCGGGUCUUUUUCUAGGCACAAGAAUGUAGUAAUGGUAAGACUCUCUCUCAAAGAGCUUAUGUUUUAGAGCUAGGUUGAAACGACUAAGCAGAUAAACAAGGAGGUAUUAUUUAUGAUGAGUGUUAUGCAAAGAAUUAAGAUAGCAUAAUAUUCUAGAAAGUAAAGGAAUGACUACUUUACAUCGGAUGGUCAAGGAAGGCCUCUCAGAGGCAGUUAGGGUUGAGACUUGAACAGCAAAAAAAAGAAAGAAAGGGCCAGUCAUGGAAGGGACAGGAUGAAGCAGGUAAGGACAAAGACCAUAAGGUAGGAAGGAUCUUGGUAAGUCCUAAGAACAGAGAGAGUACUAGUAAUAGUCCUGGAGCAAACUGACUGAGGGACCCUGCAGAGACCAGCCCCAGAGCAUGAAGUGCUUUGUAGGCCAGUGUAGGAAGUUUGGAUUUAAGUCUAAGAGUUUGAGGCACUUUAAAUACCAAGCUAUUGAGAAUCUUUAAGGAAAGGAGUGAUAUGGCCUGAUUUGUGUUUUGUAAAGGUCACUCUGACUGAUGGAUGGAGAAUGGAUUCAGAAAGGGCAAGAGUACGGAAGUAAGGAGACAAUUAGGAAGCUAUUGCAUUAGUCUAGGCAAAAAGUGAUUGCUGCUUAGACCAGAAUGGUAGUGAAGUUAGGGAGGAAUAGACAGCUCUGCAGCCUUUCUUGGGGACAGCUGAGUGGGUAUAUGGAUCUGAUUAAGCAGAAUAGUCAGGGAUAGCUGAGAGAAAUUGUGCCCAAAGGUCAUUCCUAGAUUUUUUUGAAUUAAGGAACUGGGUAGAUUGUUAUACCUUUUAUUGAAAUGAACAAUUUUUAUGGAAGUGUAGUUAAGGGGAUUGGAGAUUUGGUAUGUGAAUUAGUUUGAAUGGUACUACUUUAUUAAUACCUAGAUGUUUAUUGUAUAAGAUUAAGAAACUUGGAUAUAAGAUUUUUUUUAGAACCAUAUGUAAUUUAGCAAGAGUAUACUCAACAAUUAGCCAGUGAGACCAAAUCUAAAUUUAUUUAGCGCUCAAGGCCUCUAAUUUUUGACACCCAUAAUCUCUUUACUAGUCUGGCUGUUCUUUUUCUUUGGAGUAUAUACAUAUGCAUAUGUUUACACAUAGGAGUGGAGUCACAGAUUUUAACUUAUGCAAAUUCAACUGUACUUUCUGCAAACAAAGAAAUUAAUCAUGUUAAAUAUGUGGGAAAACUAAGACUUCCCUUUCAAUGGCCAUGUCUUUUCCCAGUAGGCAUGAGAUGGAUAACAUGAAUCUACUGUUCCUGUUCCCUGGUUUGUCCCAGUCCCCGUGUUAUUUUAUAGGGACAGCAUGUUAUCAUACCUAAGAGCAGUUUAAGGGAACCAGCCAACUCCAUCAAGUAUAGAAAGAUAAAUAAAUAAAUUGUGGUCUGUCUAUACUGUGGAAUACUAUACAACCAUGCAAACAAGAAUGAAUUACUGCUACACCUAACAAUGUGAAUGAAUAUCACAUCCAUGACGUUGGGGGGAAGAAGCACAUAAAAAAUAUAUACUGUAUGAUUCCAUUUAUAUGAAGUUCAGAAUUAAGAAAAAAUAAUCUAUGGUGGUAAAUAUUAGAAUAAUAGUUACCUUUGGAGGACGGUAUUAACUAGGAGAAACCAAGAAGGAGCCUGCUAGUGAGUUGGAAAUGCCCUACAUCUUAAUCUGGGUGGUGCUUACCUGGGUGUAAUGCAUGCUUUUAAAAAAUCAUGGACUUAUUUCAUUAAGAUUUGUGCCCUUGAUGUAAAUUAUACCUCAAUAAAAAGGAAAAAAAGCA